AAAAGAUGCGCCUGGACUCUUUACCUCCAAGGUUGAGAUGGUGGUAAAUGCAAUGAAUUCCAGCAUCAUGGAGCUAAAGGUUCCUUCCCUGGAACCCUCGGCAAGGGCUGAGCUGGGACCAUUUGUCACCAAGUUAUGCGAGGGCGAUUGCAACAGGAGCAUGCAGCGCAAUAUCGGGAUACUCUCAUGGGCCAUGGGGGAAUGGUACCAGGCUGCAGUUCAAAGGGCGUAUCUAUGGUCUAAACUGGAUCGCGAGUUGGCCUUCAAGGGAGAAUUCUUGCAGGUCAUUGCGGAGACGCGGAAGAGGAAACCGGCGCGAAGGGCAGCAGCCCAAGAACUGGAAAAGGAAGCUCAAUCAGCGCCCACACCAUCCAUUAAAAAGGCUGAUUUGGUACACUUCAUGGGUCAGCAGGCGUUUGAGUUUGACGUUCCGUCGAAGAAGCGAUCGGACCCUACAUCAUCGGUACGGCUGGAGUGGAAGAUUGAUUUUGAUUGGAUUGGGGAGGCGCAAAAUAAGGUGGCAGUCAUGAUUGGCGUACCAGGCAAAUGGCGAAAGGCGGACCAACGGGGCGUGCUGGGAAAGCUUCCAAAACUGUUUGAAGAUCUCGUAGAGGGCGGGCAGGACCCAUCCCUCGCUGUUAAGACUAUUGUGGCAUUAGUUGUAGGAGAGCAAUGAGGUAGAGAUGCUUCUCUGUUAAUGAGUUAUGAUGUAUAAAAGGCCAGGUCUACGGUAGUUGAAGCAAGAUGUUUUCGAUCUUGUUCAAGAUGAGCGCUUGACUCGAUUCAUUAAAUGACAAAGAGACAGUACGCCCUGAACAGGGGGCUUCGAUUACACGAAAAACUACCUUUAUUUGAUCCCACGGUGAUAUUGCAUUGCCCACUAGUAUUUUAUGAAUUUACGUUAUAUCUCCUUCCAGUUGCGCCACGGUAUGCUUUAUGAAUUUAGUCCACGUCAACACCAAGCUUCCUCAGGUCGACCUUUGCCAUCUCAAUCUCCUCCAUCAGCUCCUUGUGCGCCACGGGAACAUCGUUGAACGUAAAGACGCCCCAGCCGAGACGGAAGAGGAGCACAGCGCCGAACGAAAUGAGGGCCCAGAAGGGGAGC